GGACAAGGCACCCCUUAAAACUCCUCCACGUCCUGCGGGCCAUGCUGACCUCAGCAUCCACUCUCCUCGCUCCCAGGAUGCUCUGGGUCCUCUUGUUCUUGGCCACCUUCAGGAGUGCUCAGAGUGGAAUCUGGGAUCACCCCAACUGCACCAAGGGCGUGGUUGCUGUGUUGCGGGGCAAGCCAGCCACGAUGACCUGCAGCAUCUCCAAUGCCUUCUUCCACAUCAACAUCUCCCUGCAAACGAACCCCACGGCUCCCUGGAAGCUCAUCUUCAGCGUAGAGGCCCCAGGAAAGUUCAGCCAGGAUGGAUGGAAGCUCUGGAUUGAAGAGGGCAAGGCGCAUCUGGUGAUUGAAGAAGCCCAGGACACCCAUGCAGGGCAGUACAAGUGGACUCUGACGGGGUGCCAGAGAAAUGUCGAAAUCACCACCCUGAUUGUCUUAGAGCCACAAGACCUGCUCCUCACACCUUCCACAGGAAGGUGUCCGCAGAUGAGCAUAUUCCCUUUGGAUGUUAAUCCUGAACACAAGAGCCAGACCCAGGUAAUGUUCCCCAUCGUCGCCCUGGAUGUUCUCUUCAGCCUACUGAUCUGCACACUGGUGUGGCUCUGA